UUCAAUAUAAAAGUAGAAAUUUCUCCCCAGUCGCCAGUGUAGACCGCGAGAGGGAGGGGGAAAUUCACUCACCGAGUUGUCGACUGUCGUGCUCUCCCUAAAAUCUAACCCACCACAAAAUCAUCAAAAAAAUUCAACGAAAAAGACAGGUGGAAAAGGGGAAUUGGGAGAGUUAUGGCUGGUGUAACUACAGGAGACCUCCCUAACCUUGGAAUUGACGAUAAAAAUGAGGAGAAUAUCAGUAGGAGUUUCGAAAAGGAUAAUAUUGCUGUGUUGGAGAGUGGAGGAGUAGAGAAAGAGAAAGAGAAAGAGAUUUCUCCAAUGCAUCGCUCAACAUCUCGUCCUCAGCUGGACCUGAGUGGAGCUGCAAUUCAGGGUAAUUUUGAAGAGAAGGAUCCUACAAUUCUGUUGCCUAACCAGUCUGAUGAUAUAUCCCAUUUAGCUCUGGAUAUCGGAGGUUCUCUUAUCAAGCUGGUGUAUUUUUCAAGACAUGAGGGGCGUCAAGUGGAGGACAAGAGAAAGAGAAAAGUCAAGGAGAGAUUCGGUGUUUCUAAUGGCAAUAGAAGGAGCUAUCCUAUCCUUGGAGGAAGGCUUCAUUUUGUGAAAUUUGAGACAACAAAAGUUAAUGAGUGCUUGGAUUUUAUCUCUUCCAAGCAGCUACAUUGUGGUGGGUUGGAUACACCUCGUUGGCCUUCUGAGGCUCCUCAGAAUGAGAACACGAUAAUUAAGGCUACAGGUGGUGGGGCAUACAAGUUUGCUGACCUUUUCAAGGAAAGACUUGGAGUGAGUAUAGAAAAAGAAGAUGAAAUGAAUUGCCUUGUAGCUGGGGCAAAUUUCCUGCUCAAGGCCAUACGUCAUGAAGCUUUUACGCAUAUUGAGGGUCAUAAAGAGUUUGUGCAGAUAGAUCAAAAUGAUUUGUUCCCAUAUCUUCUUGUCAAUAUUGGGUCAGGUGUUAGUAUGAUCAAGGUUGAUGGGGAUGGGAAGUUUCAGAGGGUCAGUGGAACAAAUGUUGGCGGUGGUACAUAUUGGGGUUUAGGAAGACUAUUAACAAAGUGCAAGAGUUUUGAUGAAUUACUGGAGCUGAGUCAGCGUGGAGAUAAUAGAACCAUAGAUAUGCUUGUUGGUGACAUCUAUGGUGGAAUGGAUUACUCAAAGAUUGGCCUUUCAGCAUCAACAAUUGCUUCAAGUUUUGGCAAAACCAUUUCAGAAAACAAAGAGCUUGAAGAUUACAGACCUGAAGAUAUCUCUUUGUCUCUCUUGCGUAUGAUUUCAUAUAAUAUUGGCCAGAUAUCUUAUUUGAAUGCUCUGCGUUAUGGACUCAAGCGUAUAUUCUUUGGAGGAUUUUUUAUACGGGGUCAUGCAUACACAAUGGACACAAUCUCAUUUGCCGUUCACUUCUGGUCUAAGGGUGAAGCUGAAGCUAUGUUUUUGCGACAUGAAGGCUUUCUGGGUGCUUUAGGUGCAUUUAUGAGCUAUGAAAAACAUGGGUUGGAUGACCUAAUGGUCCAUCAGUUGGUGGAAAGGUUCCCAAUGGGUGCACCAUAUCUGGGAGGAAAUAUUCACGGUCCACCACUGGGGGAUUUGAAUGAGAAGAUCUCGUGGAUGGAAAAGUUUGUCCAGAAGGGAACUGAAAUUAUUGCUCCUGUUCCAAUGGCUCCACCAGGAACUACAGGGCUGGGAGGCUUUGAAGUUCCAUCAUCUAAAGGAGUUCUUCGGUCUGAUGCAAGCAAAUUAAAUGUUGGUGUCCUUCACCUUGUCCCAAGCUUGGAGGUUUUUCCACUCUUGGCAGACCCCAAAAUAUAUGAACCUAACACUGUAGACCUGUCCGAUCUUAGUGAGCUAGAGUACUGGUUGACUGUAUUAUCUGAACAUCUGCCAGACCUUGUUGAUAAGGCAGUGGCUAGUGAGGGUGGCACUGAAGAUGCAAAAAGAAGGGGCGAUGCCUUUGCUCAUGCAUUUUCAGCACAUUUGGCAAGAUUGAUGGAGGAGCCUGCUGCAUAUGGUAAGCUAGGACUGGCUGACAUUUUGGAACUACGAGAAGAGUGCUUGAGAGAGUUUCAUUUCUUUGAUGCCUACAGGAGCAUUAAACAAAGGGAGAAUGAAGCAUCACUUGCAGUUUUACCUGAUCUUCUGAUGGAGCUUGACAGUAUGAAUGAGGAAAUGAGACUACUUACCCUAAUUGAAGGAGUGCUUGCUGCAAACAUCUUUGAUUGGGGAUCACGGGCCUGUGUUGAUCUCUAUCACAAAGGAACAAUCAUCGAGAUAUAUAGGAUGAGCCGCAAUAAGAUGCAAAGACCUUGGCGGGUGGAUGAUUUUGAUAGAUUCAAGGAGAGAAUGUUAGGAUCUGGAGAGAAGAAACCACGACCUCAUAAAAGGGCAUUGCUAUUUGUGGACAACUCAGGUGCUGAUAUUGUUCUAGGAAUGCUUCCACUUGCACGGGAGCUUCUUCGCCGUGGAACUGAAGUUGUGCUGGUAGCAAACUCACUCCCUGCAUUAAAUGAUAUUACUGCUAUGGAGUUGCCCGAUAUUGUUGCUGAAGCUGCUAAGCAUUGUGGCAUUCUUCGAGGAGCUGCCGAAGCAGGUGGCCUGCUUCUGGAUGCAAUGAAUAAUGCCCAAGAUGGGUCUAAAGAAGAUCCCGUCUCGGUUCCUUUGAUGGUUGUUGAGAAUGGAUGCGGGAGUCCAUGUAUAGACUUGAGACAGGUUAGCUCCGAGUUGGCUGCUGCCGCCAGGGAUGCUGAUUUGAUAAUUUUGGAAGGAAUGGGACGAUCUUUGCAUACCAACUUUAAUGCGAAGUUCAAGUGUGAUGCUUUAAAGCUUGCUAUGGUGAAGAAUCCGCGACUGGCUGAAAAGUUGAUUGGUGGGAAGAUUUAUGACUGUGUUUGCAGAUAUGAACCAGCUUGCUGAAGGCUGCUGCAGAUAUGAACCAGCUUGCCGGGUGAUAUUGGGUGGGUGCUGCAAGAUUCGGAUGUACGGAAUUCAGCAGCCCAAGCUAAGAAAGAAAGAAACAGGCCGAGAAGGGAAGGAGAUCGAUCGAGAUUCCAUAUAUAUAAUUCUAUCUGGAGUGAAGAACGAACGUUAUAAGAAAGCAAAAACUAUUCUAGUAUUCUUACUUCUUGAUAUGUGAAUUCAAUGACAGAUGCAUGCAGCAAUUUCUGAAUUAUAUUAUUAAUGUUGUAUCACCUACUGGGGGGCCUCAAAUAAUUAAGACGUACUUGUAAGUUAAUUUGUAUUAUUGUAAGUUUGUGCAUUAUAUUUAUAUUGCCUACAGUACAGUUUCUUGCA